AUGCCCAACAGAAAAGCGAAGAAAAACAAGGGCAAAAAAGGGACAGGUCGUCGCCAAGACAAAGCGUCUGAUGCAUUCUGCUGGGCGAACUUACCCCUCGAAUUAAAGGAAGAGAUAUUGAAGUACCUGGAUAUCAAUCAACUCCUCAAGCUCGAAGCCGCAAUGGGCCUGGAAGACACGCCAGCCGCCAGCUACCCGCCAACCGAAGCAGCCCCUCCCAAAGAGAUGUUUCGUCGGAUCGCUCACGCUCUCAUGUUAUUCGACCUCGACAUUCAUCCCAUGAUGGAUCUGAUGCGCCGUUACGACGCCAUCAUAUCGGGAUCCUGCGCCCUUGCAGUCAUACUAGACAGCGACUUCGUGCCCAACGACAUCGACGCAUACGUGAAGACAGAGAGCGCGUCACCCUUUGUCGACGGCCUGGUCAGAAAAACCAAGUACGAACGCUCGUCCCACCCGAAAGACACCAAGAUAUACAAGGGCCAACGCAACGGGAUCGUCAAGAGCUAUAACCUCGUACACGCGGUCACCGGAAAGAAGAUCAACAUAAUCGAAACUGGAGUCUGCCCCAUCUCAACGGUAUUCGCGUUUCAUAACACAGUGCUGAUGAACUUCAUCGCCUACUGGGGCGUAGUGUGCAGCUAUGGCACCCUCACAUGCCGAAGGAUAGGCCUAGUAAACAGCACCAGUUUCAACGAGGGGAGUAGCAAGACGAUGGCGCCAGCGACAGAGGAAAGUCGACAAAAGUACAAGGCCAGGGGAGUGAAGAUGAUCUGGAACUACCGAGGGAGGGAAGACGUGCGUAAAUCAUGGGCCGACAUCAGAAACCACGUAUGUGGAGAAUGGGAGUACUGCCCCAAGACCAGCCGAAACCUGAACGACUCCGGAGUGGCGUGUCUUGUAUUUCCUGAAUGGAGAGACAAGGAAAUAGAGAUCACAAUGGUCCAUUGGCGCCUAGCAUCGGAAGGCAGGUGCAAAAUCGAUUUCGGGAUGAAAUUAGGAUGGGUACACAGUUCCGAAGGCCAAUGCAUCUGGUUGUUAUAG